GCAGGAUCGCAGCCGCGAGCACAGUCUCCACCCACUGGAAACAUUCCUGGUCCGCCCCUCCCUGGCUCCCUCCCUCCCUGCCUCCCUCAAUCCCUCCCUCCCGCGGCUGCUUGGGCUCCGUUCUGCCGCAACUUCCUGCCGAGUGCUGGGGAACUGUGCGCGUUUCGGGGACCCCCGAAGUUCUGUGCUCGUAGCGGGAAGAAGCUGGGACCGCAGGACGGCCAGUGGUGGGCGGGAGUGGCCAGCUGCUCCAGUCGCUUCCGAGAGCGACUUUCAAACUCGCGCCCGCUUUGCGGCGCCACCUGGGCAGCUCCGCGUUCCCUGCGCGUCGCGAGCCGGCAAGCCGGUGGGGUGGCCACCGCUCGAAUCUCCCCGAGGUGACAAUCCCGGGCAGCGAUGCCAGGAUGCCCGUCUCCACUGCCCUCCACCAAGAUGGCAGCCAGGAGCGUCCACCCAGCCUAAUGUCUACCACUUCCUCAUCUGGCUCCUCCCGUGACAGCCACAGUGCCAUGGAGGAGCCCACCAGCUCCGAGGCUUCAGCCCAGAAUGGGACAGGCUCCCCUUGGGGCCGGCACGUCCCCAAUAGCAACAACAACUCCAGCGGCUGGCUGAACAUGAAGGGACCCCUCUCCCCUUUCAACGGCCGUGCAGGGACAAGUCCUGCCCACCACAAGCUCAGCUACCUGGGCCGGGUGGUGCGAGAGAUUGUGGAGACAGAGCGCAUGUAUGUACAGGACUUGCGGAGUAUUGUGGAGGACUACCUCUUGAAGAUCAUUGACACUCCCGGGCUCCUGAAGCCAGAGCAAGUCAGUGCCCUCUUUGGGAACAUAGAGAGCAUCUAUGCGCUGAACAGCCAGCUUCUCAGAGACCUGGACAGCUGCAAUAGUGACCCUGUGGCUGUGGCCAGCUGCUUUGUGGAAAGGAGCCAAGAGUUUGAUAUCUACACUCAGUAUUGCAACAACUAUCCCAACUCAGUGGCAGCCCUGACGGAGUGCAUGCAGGACAAGCAGCAGGCCAAGUUCUUCCGAGACCGGCAGGCGCUGCUGCAGCACUCCCUGCCUCUGGGCUCCUACCUGCUGAAGCCCGUUCAGCGCAUCCUCAAGUACCACCUGCUGCUCCAGGAAAUCGCCAAACAUUUUGAUGAAGAAGAGGAUGGCUUCGAGGUGGUAGAGGAUGCCAUCGACACAAUGACGUGUGUGGCCUGGUACAUCAAUGACAUGAAGAGGAGGCAUGAGCACGCGGUUCGGCUGCAGGAGAUCCAGUCACUGCUCAUUAACUGGAAGGGGCCAGACUUGACCACCUAUGGAGAACUGGUCCUGGAAGCCACCUUCCGCGUACACCGCGUGCGCAACGAGAGGACUUUCUUCCUCUUUGACAAGAUACUGCUCAUCACCAAGAAGCGGGGUGAUCACUUCGUCUACAAGGGCCACAUUCCGUGCUCCUCACUGAUGCUGAUCGAAAGCACCAGAGACUCCCUCUGCUUCACCGUUACCCACUAUAAGCACAGCAAGCAGCAGUACAGCAUCCAGGCCAAGACAGUGGAGGAGAAACGGAGCUGGACUCACCACAUCAAGAGACUCAUCUUGGAGAACCACCAUGCCACCAUCCCCCAGAAGGCCAAGGAAGCCAUCUUGGAAAUGGACUCUUACUAUCCCAGUAGGUAUCGCUGCAGCCCAGAGCGGCUGAAGAAGGCGUGGUCAUCCCAGGAUGAGGUAUCUACCCACGUGCGCCAAGGACGCCGGCAGUCUGAGCCUGGUUAUACCCUGUUCAACAGGGCAUCACUUCCCAGCAGGCAGCAAGGAUUGGAGAUGCCAGGCCUUAAGGGCCGUAGAAAGUCGGAGCCGACCAGACACCUGCUCAGGCAGCUGAAUGACAAAGCCAGAGCGGCAGGAAUGAAGCAUGCAGGCAGUGACGGAGCCCUCCUGGACUUUGGGCAGCUACCCCCUGCACAGGACCUGCAACCAGAGGCUGAGGGGGCUGCCACGGAGGAGCUUGAGGAAGAGGAGGAAAUAGUGGAGGAGGAAGAGCAGCAGCAGACCUUCCCAGUCUCCCUGGAAGACUUGGCAGGGCAUGAAGGCAGUGAGAAGGUGCCUGGGCCAGAGCUCCCGGGCUCGGAGGAGGAGGAGGAGGAGGAGGAGAGUCUAGCGGUGGCCGAGCAGGGGAAGAGACACAGGGAGUCUGAAGACUCUAAAAGCUGCAGAAGGCCCAGCGACCGGUCUCCAACCAGCGCAGAGAAACGCAUGAGCUUCGAGUCUGUUUCUUCCCUGCCGGAGGUUGAGACAGACCCUGAGCCUGGGACUGAACAGGAGGCCUUGACUGCCUUGGAAGGUCCCAGCACUGAGGAGAUGCCUUCAGAGCCAGACUCUCCAGAAGUUCUGGAAACACAGCUCCAUGUCCCCAAGGAAGUGCUGCAGGUAGAUAGUCCAGUUGAUGUGGCGGACUUUGUGGAGCCUGAGGGCACAGAGGACCUUAAGGCCCUGAGUAGCGAGGAGGAAGAGGAGGAACUGGGAGCUCCCCAGGAGCCCGAGAGCCUGCUGCCACCUUCAGUGUUGGACCAGGCCAGUGUCAUUGCCGAGCGGUUUGCCAGUAGCUUCUCUCGGCGGAGCAGCCUGGCAAUGGAGGAUGGGAAGUCCGGUGGCCUUGGGACACCGCGGCUGAUCAGCCGGAGCAGCAGCGUGCUUAGCCUGGAGGGCAGUGAGAAGGGCCUAGCCCGAUGGAGCAGCACUGGGGACUCCCUCAGCAACCCCCCCACCCCAGAAGUGGUCAUCAGUGCAGACAUGGUCACAGACAAUGGCCCUUCUGUCAAUGGAACGGAAUCUCCAAAUUCAGGCUUAGGCUGCCCCACGGAACCGGACAAAUCUUCCUGCAAGAAGAAGGAAUCAGCCUUGUCCACCCGAGACCGGCAGUUGCUGGACAAAAUCAAGAACUACUACGAAAAUGCAGAGCACCACGAUGCAGGCUUCAGCAUCCGGCGACGGGAGAGCCUUUCCUAUAUCCCGAAAGGAUUGGUGCGGAGCUCGGUGUCCAGGUUCAACAGCCUCCCCAAGCCAGAUUCAGAGCCAGCAGCUCCAGUUGGGUACAAGAGGCCAGGGAGUUCUCGGCCAGCCUCAUGGGCCUUGUUUGACCUCCCAGGACCCAGCCAGUCAGGCACAGGGGACCCAGCUCCCAUCACAGAUGCUGAGUUCCGCCCAUCUUCAGAAAUUGUGAAGCUAUGGGAGAGAAUGGAAUCUUCAGAGAGAAGUCCACGGACAGGGCCUGGCCAGAGCCAGGCCAACGGCUUUGAGCUCCAAGAGCCGCUAUUUAUCUUGGAGGAGCACGAGCUGGGGGCUAUCACCGAGGAGUCUGCCAUGGCCUCUCCCGAAAGUGCCUCUCCCACCGAGCAACCCAACCCAGCCCACCUGGCCCGGGAGCUGAAAGAGCUGGUGAGAGAGCUGAGCAGCAGUGUCCAGGGGGAUCUGGUCACUCCACUGCACCCCCGAAUCAUGCAGCUCUCCCACGUGAUGGAUAGUCAUAUGAGUGAGCGGGUCAAGAACAAGGUCUACCAGCUGGCCCGCCAGUACAGCCUACGGAUUAAGAACAUCAAGGCAGCCAGGCCACCUCUGCCAUGGGAUAAAGCAUCUCCUGACAGGGAUGAGCAGAUCCCCGCCAUCUCUGGCCAGCCCGAGGAAGCUGGAGAGCUGUCGGGGGGCAAAGCCAGGAGGAAGCCUGUGCUAUCCCUCCUUAGCUAUGAGCAGCUGAUAGCUCAGGAACAGGGCACCUCCAAGACUUCCUCUGCUGCUGCUGCGGAGACCUCCCCACGCCGGUUCUCCCUCAGCCCUUCUGCGCUCAGCCCAAGAAGCGCGUCCUCAGGGUCUCGGCCCUCCACUCGGAGCCCCCUCAGCCCCUUCGACACUGAGACCUUCAACUGGCCUGAUGUCCGAGAGCUCUGCUCCAAGUAUACAUCCAAUGACAAGGCUGCCCAAGCUGAGAGCAGCUGGCCGCGAGGCCUGCUGGUCAACCGGAGCUGCUCCUUGCCUGAGAACAUAGUAGAGCCUCCUGUAUCUGGCAAGGUGGGCCGCUGCAGCAGUAUGAACACAAAGAGGCGCCAGGGGGAUGGGGAGACUUCCCAGCCGCCACCUCCUGAGUCUCCUCCCCAAAGCAGGCUGAAUGGAGAGGAAUCCCUGUAUAUCACUGCAGACCUUACCCUGGAGAACAACCAGCGAGUGAUUGUCAUGGAGAAGGGGCCCCAUCCCAGCUCCACUAUGGGGCUGGAGGAGGGCAGUGGGAAGGAACCAAGUUCACCAGUAGCUUUGAAAGGGCAGGGCCAAGGUUUCCUGGAGUCUUCAGAGUACCAGCCCAAGGAAGAAGGUUCCAGGGACCCAGCAGACACAAACAAGCAGGGUAGAGUGAGAAACCUGAGGGAGAAAUUCCAGGCCUUGAACUCUGUGGGUUGACUGACCCCUGAAGGAGAGAGCGACCAUGUCGAGGCCUGGCUCGCUAAGGCUGUGCCUCCAUUCUUCUGGAAGAGUAACCGGUUUGGGGAGCAUGUGUGAACUCACCUGCUACCUGUGUUGGCAUGUCCCCACCUCCCCAGGGAGGUCCUAUGAGAACUUUCCUUAGGCCCAGAUGAGCCACUUACCUUGUAAAUACUUCUCUGAUAAGAAGCCAAAUAUUUUAUUUAAGCUUACUCUGCCCAAGGAAAGCAAGUCCUGUCCUGGCUUCCCUUACUGGCUGGCCACUGCCUGGCUGAGGAGCCAAGGGGAAACCUAGGAAGCAGCCUGGGGAGACUCUGCUCUUUACCUGCCUUGUCUUAGGACCUAGGCGGGAAUGAGGCCAAUAAUUUAUUGCUUUCAAUCCUGUGGGGUGUGUGGAUGCAUGUGUGUGAGCGUGUAUGUGUGUGUGAGUGUGAGCGUGCCCGUGCAUGCACGCACGUGUCCUGUAAAGAAUGUAACGGACUUAGUUCAGGUACUCUUGAAGGUUGUCUUGCUGGCCCCGUGGUUGUUGCUGAUGAAUACACAUUUCAUUAUUUGCCAAUGGUGCAGUAACCACUGCUGGCCAUCCGACCAACCUGUGUGUGGCCUCCUUAUUGGGGACCGCUCUGGGGAGGAUUAUUCAUGGGUCAAGGGACAUGGAAUGCUCACUCAGUGUCUAAGCCCAGGAAACAGGAGACACCAGGGUGCUUCCAGGUCCGGUGGGGUACAGAGUGUGAGAUGGGAACUUUGUCUUUGCCACGUUUGCUUCUGUGCACUGCUCUGUCCACCCCACAUCCUAGCAUCCUGUCUGGGGUGGGAAUCCCACAUGUGAGCCUUUAGCUCUUCUCCCAAAGACAAAAUUAUACUAACACGCUGGAGUUGCGAGAGGCAAGCAGAACCCCUCAGAUAAGCAAGUUUCUGGUGCCCAGUGCCUUUUCCUCUUCUCUCCCUCUCCAGCUCCUAGGAGCAGGGAUCCUAAGGCCGAGGCUUAGAAAUAUCCUGCAGUGGUUUGCAUGUUGUGGGACUGCACAGGUGUUUUGUUAGGGUGGACCCUGUUUUCGCAGCAUCCACAGAACUGUCUGCUUGCAGAGGACUGGGAAUGCCCCAUUUCUGGGUGGCCCCUUUUCUCCAUGGAAGAUCAGCCUUACUUCAUCUGGUUUGUUCUGUCUGGGGCCAGAAAGGAGGGGACCGUAGGUGGCUGAUAGGGAGGUCAGUCUCUUGAGUGUGUCUGCAAGUCUAUAGAAUUAAGACCUGGGGAAUCUUCCAACCUAGGAGGAUGGAUUAAAUCUGAACAAACAUGGGUCCAUCCAGUCCCCCGCUGUCAGGUGAGUGGUGGCCUCCUGGGCAUGAGCAGAGCAGGACCGCGUCAGCCCAUGUCCUGUUAGUUGCUCCGAGUCUUCUAUGGCCCUUUGGUCGUCACACUGAGAAGACGGCUACCGGUUUUGAGCAGGCCCAUCCCAGGAUGUGACACCUGAUAGCAGUCGUAAAAGCACCAGUUAGAUGACUCAAAACUCUUGCCCCAGCCUUGCUGGCAGCUAGCUGGGACACCCAACUGUGUACUUUCCUCAGCUCCAGAUUGAAGGCUGGGUGAGUCACUGUGAUGCCACCCAGGCGUGGAGCCUCAGCAGUUGUAACUAAUGUCUUUCGGAUGCUCCUCACACUCUGCGUCUAGGUGUGCCUGGGAACCUUGGGCAGGGAUCAUUGCUUUCAUUGGUACCGAUCAGAAUAUCUGAGGGGCCUCUGGAACCUGGCAGUCUUGUAUCCCACCCAGGCCAAACAACCUUGAAAUAGAUUCUCCAAACAGAUUAGGGCUCAGGCUCCUGCACCCUGUAGUGAGCAGCAUGCACAGUGAGUGAUGAGGAAUGACUUUGAUCUAGAGUUGAUUGAAUUCAUGGGCGAGCAAGCUUCCUCGGGGUCUCAGAAUGGGUUUAGGACCUGGAUGCCAACAGAGUCAGCCCGUAAUCCUCUCAGGAACAAACCAAAGUCUAGUGGUCCCU